UUAAGCAAAGAAUAAUCGAAUAUAUCGAUUAAUCGGUGCACAUGAUCACUUAUCUUACUCGUGCGUGGCCUUUGACCUCAACGAUGGCAACCGCAAGUGUGCAGUGCGGCGAUUUUUUAGAAUUUCAGGAUAUAUUAAAAAAGAUGAGGCUGGUAGAUGAUAAAAUAAUAUACAUGCUGAACACUACAAUUCCAACUGAAUCUUUCAAAGGCCAAGUGGACCCUACAACACAAUGUAAAGACUUAUUCCAGCAAAUAGAAUCGGAACAUACUCAAAGAGAGCAAGCAAUCACAAACUGUCUGAAUAUCACUAAGGAAAAAGUUAUGCAUAUGAAGAAAUUAAAAGACCAUGGUGACGAGAGUCCAACUCUUAUAAAGAAUUUGAGAAAAGAACAGAACACAUUGAGACUGUUACAAGCUGAGCUUAAUAUAGAAGAAGUAAUAAGACAACGCACAAUACAAGUCUACUAUGAAAAAUGCCGUGGAUUUUACAAACCAUCACAUAUGAAAACAUAGGAGCUUCCAUAUAAUCCAAUAAACUGGAUCAUU